AUGUCGGAGCACGACAAGCACACGCUUGCCCGCGUGUCGUGGCUUCAAUCGCUCGUCUCACAUCGCAUCGUCCCUGUCUCGUUCGCAAAGCACCUCUACAAACGCUGCUGCUCCAUCCUUGGCGCACCCUACGAUGAAGCCGCAUACCAAGCCAUGUACGAUGAAGCCACCAAGCAUCUCUCUGUGCUCGACCUCGAGAUCCGUAGACUGCGCGAUCAGCAAACGGGCGAGCACAUGCUCGCUCUCGUCAACACCAAGGCAGACAAACUCAUCCAGGGCGCAACCCGAUACACGGCCAACGAGAUUGCGUUCAUCAAGAAGCUUGUCGAGGAGAUCUUCAAGGCGAAGAAGGAAACGUAUUCUCUCCCGGCGCUGGAGGCGGUCAGGCUCGGGAGCAAGGUGCGGACUCACUUGACGCGGGAUGCUACCGAAGAACUGUUGAAGAAUCUCGUGGAUCAUCGGUGGAUCGACUACUCGUCGGAUGGGAUCUACACGCUCUCGACGCGAUCGUUGCUCGAACUGCGCAACUACCUGCAGAGCGAAUUUGGAGAAGAUUACUACCAUACCUGCACGCACUGCAAGGAUCUCGUUACGCUCGGCAUCGGUUGCAUGAAUACGUCGCGCGGCUGCACCACACGCUAUCAUCUCCAUUGUGCGCGCAACACCAUCGGUUCGGCUGUAGACGAUGACGAUGCGCUCUAUCGUCUGUCGGAAGGGUUCUCGUGUCCGAAUUGCAAGCGGGUGUGGAAGUCGCGACCCAUUGGGCCGAGAGCACUCAAUCUCAAUUCGAGUGAUGAUCACGACGGUCUGUUCAGCUCGCAGGGUGAUCGAUCGCAAGCGGACAUGUCGAUAAGUUCUAGGCGGAGGCUUGUCGCGGAUGAAGACGAGGAAGAGGACGACGAGGACGAGGCAGAGUACGGUAAUGCGGCUGAGCAGUCGCAACGACACGUGUCGGCACGAGAAGCAGCCGAAUCAGACGCGGACGAAGAAGAAGAAGUCGAGCAGCAGCAGCUAACGCAGUCAAGAUCAACACGAGUCAAGUCCGAACCUGAACGUACACCGCAGCAGCAACGUUCUCGACCUCGAGCGGCUGCCUUGGAGCAAGAAGACAACAGCGAAGAAGAGGAAGACGUCAAGCCGCGGAAACGAGUCCGUUGA